CAAUGAUGUAGCCCCGUGAGGAGAGGGGAGAAAUUCUCCAUUAAAUCGCCCUGGGACACGCUUCGCCAAUUCUGUCAAUAUCACACACACCAGCUGCUUGGUAGGUAAUAUUGCUCUUCUUGAAACUUGCUGUUCUAUCCGACAUUACAUCGCAGGUUUGAACCCUCUUCUUCCGCUUCUUGAGUCAUACAUAAGUCUGCCAGAUGCGGAGGCAUUCAGUUGCCCAGUCUGGUGGGGAAGACUAUUCCCAUCGGCGAAGGGUUUCAUUCUCGCCAACAAUGAUCAGCGCCGUGACGUCCCCCUUUGCUAGUACGACCACCACAAUAACUAGCGCCCCCUCCUCCAACUCAACCACGAGGAGUAACACCAACAGCCUCGUCAUCCACGGUCUUCCACCCGUCUCGCUCCCCUUACCGCUCCCUUUCAAACUCACUGACGUUGACCUGCUCCGCCGCGACUGCCACGUCCACGGCGAAUGGGUUUCCUCCCGUAAUAACAAGCGUUUUGCCGUCCUCGACCCGGGCACCGGUCGUGUGUGGGCGGCGUGUCCAGACAGUACGAGAGAUGACCUUCAUACCAUCAUCAAGUCCUCGUUCUCGGGCUUCCAGGGCUUCUCAACUACUCCGGCCCGAGAGCGCGCUCGCCUGCUGACUUCCUGGCACCACCUCAUCCUUGCGAGCCGUAUCGACCUAGCCACCAUCCUCGUCCACGAGACUGGGAAGCCAUUGAAUGAGGCGCUCGCCGAAGUUGACUACGGCGCCGGACUGGUCCGUUGGUUUGCCGGCGAGGCAGAGCGUCUCGAUCCGGCUUCGCCGUUACCGUCGCCAGCCCCAUCGCCGACUGAGUCUCUCGUAUCCUCUCCUAUAUCCGACAACAGCGCCGCUCCGACCGUUCCCACACCGGGGACCGGUGCCUUUCCGGGGAAACGGGGCGCGAUCCUCAAACAACCGAUCGGCGUCGUUCUUGCCCUGAUUCCAUGGAGCUUUCCUCUCGCACUCACACUCCGGAAAUCCGCUGCAGCGAUGGCGGCUGGCUGCACCGUCAUCGUCAAGCCGUCCUCCGAAACACCUCUCUCGGCACUCGCCUUGGCUUGCCUGGCAGACCGCGCGGGCUUUCCGCCUGGUGUGCUCAAUGUCCUGACAACAAGUCUGGGUAAUACGCCAGUGGUAUCCGAGUCGCUGUGCAUGCACCCCCUCGUCAAGGCCGUGAGCUUCACGGGAAGCGCCCGGGUAGGGAAGCGAGUCGCAGCGUCCUGCACCCGUAACCUGAAGCGAUUGUCGUUGGAUCUAGGUGGAAACUGCCCCUUCCUCGUAUUUGAAGAUGCGGACCUCGAGCAGACUGCUAAAGACCUCGUGGCGCUCAAAUGGCGACACGCGGGACAAGCAUGCGUAGCGCCGAACCGGUGUUACAUCCAGCGGCGGGUAUAUGAGCCAUUUUCGAACUUGCUCAUCACCGAGACCCGGAAGCUGAAGCUCGGACACGGGAUGGCGAAGGACACGACUUUGGGGCCGGUGACAACGAUCCGCGGGCUGUACAAGGCAGAGGCGCUGUGUAAGGAUGCCAUGAGCAAAGGGGCCGUCAAGCUGCUUGGCACAGGGAGGCGGGAACCUGGAGACGGGUACUUUAUGGCACCGACUAUAUUGGGAGAUAUGACAGAUGGGAUGCUGAUGUGUCGGGAAGAGGUCUUUGCACCAGUCCUGGGGUUAUACGUAUUCGAUACCGAGAAUGAGGUUGUAAUCAGGGCGAACGACACGCCGAUUGGGCUGGCAGGAUACGUCUUUACCAAGAAUCAGGAUAGGCUCUGGAGGAUAUUUGAUCGACUAGAAGCCGCCGUAGUUGGAAUGAACACUGUUUCCUUGGUGAUGGAUACACCGGUCCCAGCGGGAAACAACGGCAAUGGAUACACGCCGGGCCAAGCCACAGCCUUGGACGAAUUUUUGAUCACAAAAGCAGCCGCGAUGCCACCAUCAUGAGCGACAUACCAGCACAGGUGAAGGAUAAGGGGAUCGAUACCAUCCCAGUCUGGGUGCAAUAUGCCAGUAAUACUUCUGGAAUUUCGGAGUUGCAUAUAGCUUCAGUCAAAUGUAAGAGACAGCUUAGUACUGUUCUCUCCAGUUUAUGUUGUGGAAUUCCAUUGAGAAGAACCAUGUUCAUGGCAGUAAAAUGCAACUGUCACUGGAUCUUCUCGGCAAUGGGAGAGAUUUCCGUCUCCACCCCCUGUCGAGGUUGCAGUACACAGCCCAGUGCCCAACAGCCCGCAAGCCAAAGCCGGCAACACGGAGGGAUCUUUCCGGUAUUCUUAGACCCCCUUGAACCUUUGAGGCUCUCGUGGUUGAUGUUGGUUCUCGACAUGGAGAGAGUCGAUCAAACCUAUGACUCAAACGCCUUGGCCUUCCCAA